AUGGAAAGAUAUUAUGAUGGUGAUCAAGACAAGUUAUUUUCUGAAGCUCAUGUUGUUAGUCCUCAUCGGCGUGAUAUGGGGAAGGGUGCUAAGCGUCAAGUGCGAAACAGUGUUCAAGAAGACAACGUUCUUUGCGAAAUAUGCUACUUUUCUAAGGCAUUGGAUGAUAUGAAGGGUCUUGAAUGUGGUCAUCGUUUUUGUGCCAAUUGUUGGGCUGAGUACCUCACAUCAAAAAUAAUGGAUGAAGGUAUGGGACAAACCAUUUCUUGUGCUGCCUAUGGCUGUGAUGUUCUUGUAGAUGACAAAAGUGUAAUGGAGUUACUAAAAGACCAAAAAGUUAAAUUGAAAUAUCAACAAAUAAUAACAAAUGGUUUUGUAGAGUGUAACAGGUUAUUGAGAUGGUGUCCAGCCCCGGACUGCGGACAUGCAGUCAAGGUGGCCCACCAUGAUGCAAAGCCGGUGACCUGUGUAUGUAGCCAUACCUUUUGUUUUUCGUGCGGAGAAAACUGGCAUGAUCCUGUGCGUUGCAAGUGGCUAAAACAAUGGAAAAAAUGUGAUGAUGAUAGUGAAACAUCAAAUUGGAUAGCGGCAAACACAAAGGAAUGCCCACAAUGUCACGUUACGAUGGAGAAAGAUGGCGGCUGUAACCACAUGGUCUGUAAAAAUCAGAACUGUAGGGCAGAUUUCUGCUGGGUUUGUCUUGGACCCUGGGAACCCCAUGGAUCCUCUUGGUAUAACUGUAAUAGGUACAAUGAAGAUGAUGCCAAGAAAGCUAGGGAUAGUCAAGAAAUAUCCCGAGCAGCAGUGUAAUUAUGCUUGAUUAACCACAGCCCAUAUGCAACUGGGCAUUUGCAGUUUGUUGACAUUUAUUUAUCUUUAUUUUGUAACUGACUUUCUGCUGGUUUAAAUCACAGUCAUUAUAUAUGUGUAUACAAAUAUUGAACCUUCUAGUUUUGAAAUUAUAUUAACUUAGCUUUUCAGAUUAAAAAUAAGUAUUGAGAUCAUAUUCAUUUUUUUAGCUCUCCAGAAUUUUAAGUAAAGUUGUUUUUUAAUGCAAGGUAUAUUUUAUAAAUCUGACAUCUAUUUAUUGUCCAAUGCAAGAUACUCAGAAUCAAUUGAACGAAGCAAACACAGUUCUCAUACUGUCACACAAAACAGGCUUUAAUUUGCUGCAAGUUCUUUUUAAGUAAUUCGAGUUUUUAAAAUUAUUCUUCUAGUAUAUGUUUAUAAUAAAGUUGGAAUUUAAAAUAUUUCACUCAAAUACUAAAUAGUGCUAUAAAAUAAUUUUUAUUUUGACCUCACAAACUGCUGGAAAUUUGUUGUAGCAUUUUAAAAACCAAUUUUCUCUACGAUUGUACAAGCUACGAAUGAGAGCAUACCCAUCUAUUUUAGUUGAUAAAGUUUUUUCACUAGCUUUCUAAUUGUCCAAAAUCAAAUAUUUUGAACUUCAAACUGAAAUGUGUACACACGUUUCUAAACUAUUUGACUCACUAAUACCUUUUUUUAAAAAUUCAAGUGUCAAGUUUAAGUUAAUAAAAAAUUGUUUAUAGAAUAUUUUCACCCAUUAUGUAUACUUAA